GUUGAAUUUUUGAUUGUGCUGCUGUUUUCCCUUCCAGCAGCAGCAUUUUUUGCCGUCCUCAGCAUAAAAUCGUCGCUCUAGAAUUUCAUUCCGCGACAUUCGUUUUCUCGCGAGGAAAUUAUGUCCAGCAACGAACACACCCCGAAGGAAUCGUUGGUUGGCAUGACUGCUUUUGUCGGUGGAGUUCCAUCAGUGGUAAGAUUGUUCCGGUUUCACCGGACUCCGGAUUGGUUGGUAAGAUUAGAUUAGGGGGAUCCAUUUCCGGGUAAGAUUUUUUGAAUCCUGACGUGUAAAAUGAAGAGUCAGUAUAACGUAUAGCUCUCUUGGGAUCGACACCAACGACCGAUAGGAGGGUGGGCACAUUCCGUUGAGAUAUCCUUCUGACGAACUCUGUCCCCUGCUAGUCGAACGGCGGCGCAGGUUCAACAUCAACGACAAGAUCAAGGAGCUGGGCACGCUGCUGCCCCGGAACAUGGAGGGCUCGAGCAGCGACAUCAGCGGCAAGGAUGGCCGCGUCAACAAGGGCACGAUCCUCAAGGGGACGGUGGACUACGUGAAGGAGCUCAAACAGGAGCUGAGUGCGCUGAAGCACAACGGAGAGUUGCUGGUCGCGAUCAAGAACGAGAACAUCAUCCUGCAGCACAAGUUGAGGGUAAUUUGGACGGGUUAUUUUAAUUGAUUUUGGUAUACGAAAGUCCUCAGAUGAUAUACCAUCAUAGAUAUUGCCUAAAGAUUCCUUUCAGCCUUUAAUUAAGUAGGAUUCUGAGUUGAAGACGCGAGUUUUAGACGCAUCCCUUCUUCGUAUUGCUCGAAGGAUUGAUUUGCAAAAACUUACGCGACAACCUUUGGCCUGAAUCCUACAACAUUCUUUCAGUUUACCAACGUGUAAGUAUCCCUUUAUUGCCUAUGUUCCGCAAUUACCUCGUUUACUUUUAUUUUAUGUUUGUUGUUUACACAGACUCGGUCACUUUGGGAGGAAUUCUGGCCGUGGAAAGUUCCCCUUUUCAGCCAAAGACCGACCAACAGCAGCAGGCAGCCCCCACCAAGCAGGGCAUCGUGCGGGUUAAGUUCUACCUGUACGUUGAGAUGAGCGAGAACAACCUGCAGCUCGAGAACCACCUCAAACGGCUGCAGAACCUGCGCAAGGAGCUGACCCACAUCAAGGACACCGACUGGCAGUACGACUCGAUCGACAAGUUCUUCGGCCAAAACUAG